UUUCCCUGCAGCACACACUUUACAGUUUCCAUGUUGUACAGUGAGGGAGGGCCGCCCGUCUGACAGCCAUUUUUUAAGAAGAGGAUUGUUUAGUUCAGGUGUGUCCCAGCUUAACCAUUAAACCCAAGCUUUAUCCAGUGACAUUCCUCUGCUGACCUCCUUAAAUCACUGCUCACUGGGACUGUCACAGCUUUUGCAGCAUUUAAGUGUUUUGCUUCUUGUUCUCUGGGGAAAUGUUGGAAAAGAUCCUAAUCCUGCUCUGUUUGUCAUCUGCUUUGGCAGAACAGCCCUGUAAACCAGAUGCUUCAGAUGGCUACAAAGUUCGAAUCAGCAUCAAAACUGCUCUGGGGGAUGAAGCUUAUGUUUGGAAUGAAAAUGAAAUGUUCCUUUUCCGAGCAACUCUGGCCUUUGCCAUGAGGAGUCACCUCAACGGCCAGGAAUUUAACGUGUCAAACAUUAUCGUAUGUGAUGAGACUCCCAGAGUGACCUUCUGGUUUGUGGUGACAUCACCACUGAACACGUCUGGCUUGGUUGAUAAAGGAGUUGUGGAAGAGGCUAUAAGAAAGUCCAGAAAUCGCAUCAACAGUGCCUUUCUGCUAACUGAUAAAACUCUUGAGUUUAUCGGCAUCACCCCCACCCUGGCAGCACCAGUCAACCCUGACACCCCUCCAUGGCUCAUUGUGUUUGGGGUGGUCAUGGGUGCUGUGGGUGCUGGCAUCAUUGUUGUGCUGGUGUCCCCUCUGGUCCUAAAGAAAUGCAAAAAGAACGAGGAAACGGACAAGGAUGAAGAAGAGACACGGGUGAAAGCAGUGGAAAAUGGCUCUACAAGAGAGGGGGUUUACAACAUGUCAUUCUCAGAUGAUGAGCGACUCACACAGAUGUAAAACACGUCUAUAAAAACUCUUCCGUGUACGCAAAAAGAUGGGGGAAAGGUUAUUAAGCUGCUCUAGGUGGACUUUUGUUGCACUGUAAUAUUAAAUCUGCAAAAUCAUUGUCUAAGUUGUAGUUUAUUGUACAAUUUGUCAUUGAAAGGAUUUAAUACAUGUUCAUGAUUUUCUUUGAUUAGAUUUUUUUCUUUCGGAGAUUUCACUGCUGAAUAUUUCUAUACUGUCAUUACCUGCUGACUCAAAAAGAAACAAGCACCUGCAAAUUUUUAACGUCAGUAUUUCCUUUUUCCAAAUAAAUGUAUAUAUUAUCUGUUGAUAUAUGAUUAAUACAAUUAAAGAUCUUUGUGUAAGA